AUGGAAGACUCAAGCAGGAUAUCAAACACAGAAAAUACUGGAUUCAUUGGAAGACAAUCAAUGGUUCCUAAACAAAACCUGAAAAAUAGUAUUUCUUUUUCUAGUAAUAUGCACCACCAUAGUGCUUCUUUAAGUAAUCUUCUCAUAGAGGAGCAACCAGCUUGGCUCGAUGACCUCCUAAGUGAACCAGCAUCACCUAAGAUGAACAAGGGUCAUAGGCGUUCAGCUAGUGACACUUCUGCUUAUUUAAACUCAGCAUUAGUGCCUUUUAAGGAAGAUGAUCUUAUGACAAGUCAUUUUCCUAGUCCUUCUUGGCUGUUUCAGAACAUCAACCACCACGAUGAUUUGUGGCAGCCUAACUCUUAUGAAAAACACAGUAACUUGGGAUGGGAACUUUCUAACAAAAAUGGAACUAAUCUCCAAACACAUGUGUCAUGGGGAGCUGUAAAUAGAGUAGGUACCUCAGCGUUUAACUCAGCUGAAAAACAUGUAAGCAAAAUGAAAGAAGGAGGUUCUGCAAAACCCGAUGUUCCUGGAUCAAAGACUGACUCAAAGCGUAUCAAACAUCAAAAUGCUCAUCGAGCACGUCUGAGGAGGCUUGAGUACAUAUCAGAUUUGGAAAGGACAAUCCAAGUGCUACAAGCUCAAGGAUGUGAAAUGUCAUCUGCCAUUCACUACUUGGAUCAGCAGCUGGUCAUGCUUAGUAUGGAAAAUAGAGCUUUAAAACAACGUUUGGAUAGUUUAGCAGAAAUCCAAAAGCUUAAGCAUGUCGAGCAACAAUUCCUAGAGAGAGAGAUAGGAAACUUAAAGUUUCGACAACACCAGCAACAACCACAACAAAAUCAGAAACAAAUGCAGCAGAACCAAUACAACAAAUAUCUACCAUCAGCCACGCAAGAACCUGAAUCCCAGUUUGCAGCCUUGGCAAUAUGA